CACUUCUGGGGACCUGUGGCCAACUGGGGCCUUCCCAUUGCCGCCAUCAACGACAUGAAAAAAUCUCCAGAGAUCAUCAGCGGGCGAAUGACAUUCGCGCUGUGCUGUUACUCGCUGACCUUCAUGAGGUUCGCCUACAAGGUGCAGCCUCGGAACUGGCUCCUGUUCGUCUGCCAUGCCACCAACGAGGUGGCCCAGCUCAUCCAGGGCAGCCGGCUCAUCAGAUACGAGUUAAGCAAGAAGACCUCGACUUAGCCCCAUCCCCGCCGCCACGGACACAGCACACCGACACCCGCCCCACCGAGGGAUGCUCUCUGGGUGCUUCUGUGCCACCCGGGUGCUGUCCCGAGCUGUGUGCCCCUCACCCCACUCCCUGCUGCCUCGGCCUUGGAUGGAAACUUCCCUUCUCCUCUCAGAGCAGCUCAUGCAAGUCUCGAAGCCACCCCCACGGUGGGGGAACCGGGUGACGUGUGAGCUUCCGCUCUUAGAGUUCACUCAGUGAAAAACCCACGUGGGGGCAGUGUCCCUACCGAGCCGGAAACGGCUGGUUUUCCUCAGCGAUAGUGAGACAGCCGUUAGCGCCCCUCCCCAGCACCACCACACCCGUCCCUGUGCUCUGACCAACCCUGUGUCCCGCAGCGGCGGUGGGUGUGUGCUGGACGCUGCACCUGGAGGACAAUAAAUGCUUUAAGCACUU